UAUUAAAUGUACUAUUGUGCGCUUGUCGCUGAUUUGUGACGUCACAUAUUUGACAUUGGCAUGGGCUGACGAAGAACGUUAUGGCGGUGUACCUGUUGACAAGAUCUGUUACUGGGCUCUUCGCUCGUACAUCGUGCAUAAUACCUCAAAGAACGUUCGGUGUGACCACCGUUGCAGCUGCCAUUCAGAAAAUGACAAGAGUUCGAGUAGUGGAUAACAGCUCUCUUGGAAAUACACCUUACCACCGGCCUCCACGAGUGAUCCAUGUGUACACAAAGAACGGUGUUGGAAAAGUUGGUGAUAAAGUGUUACUGGCCAUUAAAGGACAGAAAAAGGCCGCAUUAAUCGUUGGUCACAAGAUGCCUGGAGAUCGCAUGCAUCCACGUUUUGAUUCUAAUAAUGUCGUCCUGAUUGAGGACAAUGGAAAUCCAACUGGAACAAGGAUUAAGGUUCCCAUACCCACUCAUUUACGCAAAAAAAUCGAAGGGGACUACUCAAAGGUGCUGGCAAUUGCUAGUUCUUUUGUUUGAUUCGACUGUUCUUUGUAUGUUAUUGUAUGUAGUAGGCUCAUAUUUCUGUUGACGGUCACCUCUUUGCUUACAAUAAAUACAACCUUUACCUUAAA